AUGUCUGACACAGUCAAACCUCUGACCUCCUUCCUCAUCGAGGACAUCCUCUCCUUUAAAGACGGAAAAAGGUGUAAUGUUAAAAACUGCUCUGAGAAGAUGGCAAGAUGGAAAGAAGAACCAGAAAUGUCAGAGCAGACACAGGAAGCAGCAACUGGAGAGCAGACAGAGUCUCUGCACGCCUCCUGUCACGGCUCUUCAGACUCCAGCACCUUCUCCUCCUCAGGCAAACAUAAGCGCUCCAGAGCGGCGUUCACACACCUCCAAGUGCUUGAGCUGGAGAAGAAGUUCAACCACCAGAAGUACCUGUCUGCCCCAGAGAGAGCUCACCUGGCCAGCACCUUAAGACUGACAGAGACUCAGGUGAAAAUCUGGUUUCAGAACCGUAGGUACAAAACGAAACGAAAGCAGCAAAACCCCGAGUUCUGUAAGGACAUUUGCAAAGUGGAGGGACUGAACCUGAGGGACGAUUUGGUGCGAUCAUCGCUGAUCACCUCCUUCUGCAAAGCUUACCAAUACAGACCCUAUUUGUGGGAAUACAGUGGCUCCUGGGGGCCAACGUUGUGGUGA